UCUUGAAGAGAAUGUUUUAUGUUCACAUGACGUUUCUGUUUAGAUUGAAAUGGUGCUUGCUCUAAUACCCUGUUUAUGGUAAUUUAUCAUUGCAGAGUAUGUCUAGUCUGUUGGUUAGACUUAGGAUAUGGUAUGAUGGGAAGUUUGUUGGUAAUAAUCAAUAUGUAGAAAAACUGUGUUUGGACAUUCCUGAAUAUGAUGUGUUCGAGUUUGAGGAGGCAUUUGUGCAUGAGGUGUUGGGUGCUGAUUUGGGGUGUGAGAGUAUGUCUAGGUAUGCAUUCAAAGAUAAAGAGACUGGUGAGUUCACAUUUGUGAAUGUUGAUGAUGAAGAAACUGACUUUGUUAGUCUAGCAUUGAAGUUUGUGGAUGAGAAGAAGAAUUUGGAGAUUUUAUGUGAAUGUAAUACGGCUGUUGCAGAGGUAGCAGAGGUAGAAAAGAUAGCAGAUAAGAUUGAUGAUAAAACUCUUGAAGAUGAUCACGAUGAGGAGCUGGAGGAUAGUGAUUGGGAGCUUUUUGAAAAUGUUGUUGAAGAUGGUACUGAUUCAAGUGAUGAUGGGCUUGAGGAGAGUGAUUUCUCCGAUGAAGAUGAUAAGUUUUUGGAAGCUAGACGAACAAAGGAAAGGCCAAGCAAAAAAGAGAAGAUUGUAGAAGAAAAAGGAAAGAGUAUUCUACAUGAAAGCUCUACAAUUCCAUCUACUUUGGUUGUCUUACCAAAUGAGGAUGAGUUUGAUUCGGAUGCCUCUUGUGAGAGUUUGGAUGACGAUGGCAACAUAAAACCAAAGAGCAAACUAUACUCCAAGAAUAUCCCUUUCAAUGAUGUGAAGUUGGAGCUUGUAAUGAGAUUCAAGGAUGCGAAAGAGUGCCAAGAUGUAGUGCGGCAAUGGGCUGUUGCAAAUGGCUACAAUAUCAAGUGGACUAAGACUUCAUAUGGUAAGGUUGAAGCUGUUUGCGCACCAGGAUGCAAUUGGAGGUUAUAUGCUAGUAGGAUACAUGGGCAACCCACGUGUAUAAUUAAAACCUUGAAUGUGACACACUCUUGCAUAAGAGCACAAGUUAAUAGGCAAGUGAAUGCGAAGUUCGUGGCUGCCCAUUUCUUACCGAAGCUUAGAAACAAUGCUAAUAUAACGGUCAAAGAAAUGAUUGUUGAUUUGGAGGUGACAUAUGGCUGUAAAGUUAGACCAAUGAAAUGUUAUAGGGGUAAACGGUUGGCGUUGGAGCAGAUUAGGGGCACAUUUCAUGAUCAUUAUGCCAAGCUUAGACCCUAUGUGAUGGAGUUGAUGAGGAACGACAAAGAAGGUCGUUUUGAGUUGAAAACCUUUCUGGAUAAGCAAGAAAAACCCGUGUUUGAGCGCAUCUACAUCGGCUUCUCAGCAUUGAGAAAGGGUUUUUUGCAAGGUUGUAGGAAGUAUAUUAGAUUUGAUGCAUGCUUCUUGAAGACCGUCCUCGGAGGAUCAUUGCUAGCAGCUGUGUCAAAGGAUUGCAACAACAAGAUGUAUCCCAUUGCUUUGGCUGUCGUGGAGAAGGAGAACGAGCAUAGCUGGACUUGGUUCUUUGAGCGCUUGUUCGAAGAUCUAAAUAUCAACGACGGACUAGGAUGGACUUUCAUGAGCGACAAGCAAAAGGGGUUGAUUAAUGGCAUACAGAGGCUCGCUCCCCUUAGUGAGCACAGACAUUGCGCAAGACAUAUAUACGCGAACUGGAAAAAGAAUUUCCUAGGGCCAAAAUUCAAGGUGAUGUUUUGGAACAUUGCAAAAGCUAAUUCAAAGACAGAAUUUGAAUGGUGCUUGGAUGAGAUGCGUCAAGUGAAUGCACAGGCAGCCGAAGAUUUCAUGAGCAAGGGACCCUCAUCUUUCUGUAAGGCUCUCAUAAACUCUUUCACGAGGACCGACACUAUUGACAACAAUGUGUGUGAGACCUUUAACAGUUAUAUUUUGAAAUCAAGAGACAAACCUUUGAUUGAUAUGCUAGAGGAUAUUAGGACGAGUAUCAUGACUAGGAUAUAUGAUUUGAGUGCUGGCAUGGAAAAAAGCAUGGAUUCAUCUGAUUUACUUUGUCCUAAUAUUCGAAAGAAGCUCAUUAAAAUUGAGAAUAACGUGAGGCAUUGCAUUGUAAGGCCGGCGGUUGGGGGAAAGUUUGAAGUACAUCAUAAAGAUGAUGCAUAUGUUGUUGAUGUUGUUGGGAAGGUCUGUUCUUGUAGGUCAUGGGAGUUAACUGCCAUCCCAUGUGUGCAUGCCUUAAGCUGUAUAUUUCAUAAUAGGGAGGAUCCGGUUGCAUAUAUUGAUCCCUUUUACUAUAAGUCCAAUGCUUUGGAAUGCUAUAAGUUUGGGUUACAUCCGCUGCCUGGAUACAAGGCUUGGCCUGUAGUUGAGGGUCAUCCAAUCUUGCCUCCUCAAUAUUCUAGACCUACCGGAAGACCUAAGAAGUGUAGGCGUAGGGGACUUGAUGAUGAACAAAACAAAUCCAACACCAAAUUAUCUAUGCGUGGACUACAAAUGUCGUGCAAAAAUUGUGGUGGAUUUGAUCAUAAUAAGCGUACUUGUAAGGCCCCUCCAAAGGUAAAUUUUUGUUAUGAAUUUCUACAUUGAGAUUUAACUAUUUUUUGCAUAUUUUGACCACUAUACUCCUUCAUUUUUUAUUAACUCUAAAAAUAGCCACCGGCCCCAAAGAAUGAUCCAUUGGCUGCAAAAAAGAAGAAUCCACCGGCUGCAAAGAAGGAUACUUUGGCUGCAAAGAAGAAGGAUCCACCGCCUGCAAAGAACAUUCCAUCGGCUCCAAAACAGCCACGUGCUCCAAAGCAAAGUAACCCUACUGACUUGCAAGUAAAUAAAGAGAUUAGACAGGCACGUAAAGGCUAUGGUGCAAUGAUAUCCACUGAGACAGGGAAUAUCUAUGUCCGAGAUCCUGGAUCACGUCGUGUCCAUUUCAUUAGUGGACUUCAGAGGGCAUCAGAGGGAACCGCUCAGGGAUCUCAAAGCCAAGGAGGCAGUCAAGUAGACAACCCUACACCACCUUGAAU